AUGGAGUUCCUGCCAGGGGCGCAGAAAGAGCCAAGCGUUGAGGACAAUGUCACUGAUGUUGGAGGAGCUCCAGUGUUAGCAACGGGCAAGUCUGCUGGGGCGGAAAUCGACAUCAAGUACGCCGUCAUCGGGACGGCUCUGGGCGUCGCCAUAUCAGCUGUCUUCCUGGUCCUGAAGAUCUGCAUGAUCAGGAAACAUUUGUUUGAUAUCUACUCCUCAGACUUGAGAAGCACAAACCCAGGCCUCAAUGACACCGUCACACUAAAGAAGAGAGUCCCAAGGUAA